UAACGACAGCAAGCCCGCCGACACCGCACACCGGGACACGGCGGGGAGUGGUAGUGCCCACCUCGAGGGCCCCUGCGCCUGCUGGACAGGGGCGGGCUUCCCCGAGAGGACUCCUCGCCCCGUCACCGCUGUGCCCUGUCCUCCUCGGGCACACAUCGCUGACAAUGCGGAACAAGGGCUCUGCACCCGCUCCACGCUCCACGUGCCCACCAAGCUCUCUGAGCCUGGGGGCCGCACACCCCAGAACCUGCUUGGUGGACUGCGGCAGACGGGCGGCUUCCUUCCCUCCCAGGAGGCCUUCCGUCUGGGAGGAGGACAAGGGAUACAGGGCCCCAACAUCCUGCCAGCCCACCACCAGCCCCCCCCCAAAACGCCCUACCCGGGACCCGGCCGCUCCCAGGACUGGUGCUGCCUGCCCACCUCCUCAUCCUCAGCCUGCUGCCCCCGCCACCUCCCGGCCACUGUCUCAGCUGCCACGGCCCUCGGCCUCCCUGGUGGACGCUGGCCCAUCUCCGUGCCUGCUCACGGAGGCUCUCAGACAGCUGCACUGGCAGGCCUGGUGCUCAACCUGCAGCUGAGCCCUGAGCGCCCGGGCUCAGGCUUCCCCGCACAGCCCGGCGGCUCCUGGCUUCCGGGCAGACUCUUGGUGCUUGGGCACCACUGGGGCCCAGGAGUUAGCGCGCCGAGGACACGGGCCCCUGUGAAUGCCCCAGCGGGUGCCCAGACCUGGAGCAAGCGCAUCCCUGGGAAGACUGUCCACGCAAACCACAGCUUAACUGGCCUGAGAAGAGUCACGGUGAAAACUGCACAGAAUCGUUCUGAAGAGCGGAACCUCCCAGAAGGAUUCAGCAGCACCCCCGGUGGGGGAAAGGCCCGGGCCCCAACCCAACCCGAACCCCCAACCGCCCGCCCGCCCGGUCCCGGCUUGACACUCAGCACAGCAGAGGCCCCGCCGACCCGGCUCCACCCAGCCGCGCCGUGCGCCACGGCUUCGCGGGGUAGGUUUCGCCCUGCCGGCUGCUGCAGGGGACAGCGCGGGAAGCCCCCACCUGUGAUGGUGUGCGGCCGGCUGGGACGCAAGCCAGAUGUGAUGGCGAGCAGGGUGCCCCUGGUGGUCCGGGAGGGCAAGGGCGGCCACCGUCACCCCGAGCCGGACGCAGGCAGACCACCGCGGCCUCUGUGCGGCUCCCCGAGGGGGCCCCCGGCCCCCUGA